CUCAUAGGGUUCCAAUUCCUAUCAGCCCUUAGCAAACUACCAUGCCCAUAAUUCUUUGGUGGUGGUGGGGAAUGUGCUUUAACAUUAUAGUCUACAGUAUUUGCAGCCCAAGUGCAACAGGAUGAAGUGACUGCAUAACUGGACUACAUAACUGGCACAUUGUGUCAGUUCCUUCCAAUUAGUUCAUUUUGUUUUGUUUCUUUUAUAACACAUGCCAUUCACAGAUGCUGCUAUAUCUGGUCAUUAUUAAUUGUCUGGUUUAAUAUCUGGAGCUCAGCUCUUCUUUACAAUCUUCUGAGACAACCACUUCUGUCAACAAUGGCAGUGUCAUAUUGUGGAAAGGGGAACAUAAGUAGUGCAAAUGUUUGCUGCUGCCAUUGCUGCUUUGGCACUCCGGUUUAUAUACUGUAACUCCUAGUCCCUUUGGACCAACAGCAAACAUUUUAGGGGUCUGUAGAGUCCAUCUGGGCACUGUAGGAGUCAAACAUGCUUAUUGGUCUUCCAGAAGCCUUUGUCUGGAAGGACCUUUCAUUCUGAUAAGGUUGUGAUUUAUUUAGGUCGCUCCUUACAGCACAGUCAUGAGGGUCACAGGUGAGUGGUAGAGCACUGGUUUCGAUGAAACUGAUUUACUAGAAGUUUUAUCUAACACUUCCUCCAAGGAACAAGCAAGUAUCAGUGAGAUAGAGAAGAGUCUGUCCAAGUUAGCCACCACAAGAUAUCUACCACUUGCAUGGAAAUAAAGGAGUCAUCUUCUAUCCUUGGCAUAUACGUCAUUUGAUUAUCUGAUCAAUUCUGUGUCCUAAGGGAUAGUUAAUGUUUAGCUUGAACAUAAUUAAAGGUUUCUUGCAGACCCCCUAAUGAUGUCCAGCUCUAUAAGUGUCUCGCUCGGCUGGGGUUCAAGUGAGAGUUGUCUGCAGCCCAUCAAGAUUUAGCCUGACAGAACUGAGGUUUCUAUAAACUAAAAUAAGAGAAGGAGACAAUGAAAGUUUGUGGCUUUUUGUUCCUGCUGAGUUUGUUCACUCCUUGGCUUGAUGCUAAGCCUGGAAUCAAAGUGAAGAUCACACAGAAAGGUUUGGACUAUGGAAAACAGCUUGGAAUAGAUUUCCUGGAGGAAAGAUUAAAGGAGCAAAGCUUUGCGAAUGUGAGCGGUCAAGAGACAUAUGGAUUUAGUGGCGUCGACUACAUGCUUUCAGAGAUAAAGUUUGAUGAUGUUGAAUUCCCAAAUGCAUCAGUGUCUCUGAUACCUGGGACUGGGAUUAACCUAGAGAUCAAGGAUGCUGCAGCAACCGUCAGUGCACACUGGAGAGCAAGGUCCUGGCUGUUAAAUUCUGGAACACUGACAGUCCUCAUUUCGGGUGUAUCGCUCGCAGCUGUUUUUUCAGUGUCUCGGGACAAUGCAAGUCACGCAGUGCUGUUGAUUGAAAGCUGCGAGGCAAAAGUUGACAGUAUUGACAUCGAACUGGAUAAAGAUGCUAGCUGGCUGUACAAAUACUUUGUUAAUCAUCUUGAAAAGCCUAUCUGUGACAGUCUGAGCAAGAAUAUUUGCCCAUUCAUUGGUUCUGAGAUCGAAAAAAUUAAUGCAGAACUGAGAGAACACAAAGUCCAAGCCCAGAUUGAUUCUUUUGCACAAGUAGACUACUCGCUGGUGAACUCUCCGGUGAUCUCCGACACAUCUAUUAACUUUGAUAUAAAGGGAACAAUCUCCCCGGUGGGAAAUGACCUAGAGACUCCCUUCAAGCCUGCACCAUUCAAUAACCCAGAUGACAAUAACUCCAUGCUCCAAAUAGGAAUCUCAGAAUAUUUCUUGCAAUCUGCUUCACUCGUUUAUUACGCUGCUGGGGCCUUUGAUGUCUCUAUUGAAAAGGAGCUUUCCUCUUACUUCAGAUUAACUACAAAUUCUUUUGGCACCAUUAUCCCCAAGAUUGCGCGUUCUUACAAAACACCACGCCCAGUAAUCCUGGAUCUAAAACCAACGGCAGCCCCUGUGAUCAGACUGCAUAAUGGCAGUGCUGUUCUGGAGAUAGCUGGUUCCAUGGAGGUGUUGGUAGUCCUGAAGAAUUCAACCACCCAAUCCAUGUUCACCUUGAGCAUAAAUGCCAAAACCCAUGCCAGCCUGAAUAUAUUUGAACAGAAACUGAUACCUUCUCUAUGUCUGGACAGUUUCCACCUAUCCUUGACCCACUCCAAUGUUGGCUUCUUCAAGGUUUCGCUUUUGAAGAACUUCAUGUCUUACAUUUUACGGAAUGGAGUAAUACCAGCAGCCAAUGGUAAGUGUUGUGUUUGGAUUGUUUCCCCAUCACCACUGUUACUUAAUGGUCCUAGUUUCUGGAAAUUACAGAAAAUCUUUUUUGGAGAAUGAGAAGUAGUUGCGAUGGAGCUUGUAUUUUCGUCACUUGGCGUGACGUGUCGUGAUUGGUAUCACAUUCUUUAUGGCAAAUACUUUAAGGAACAUACUGCUCCAAUAAGAUUAUAAGAUGCUUAAUGCUUUGCACUAGAAUGUCAAUCUGGUUGUCUUGUCAAAAGACCCAGUACACACUGUCAACUACUGGUAAUUUGGAUUUACAAGGCCAUGUGAACAUGUCCACAUACAACUGCUGAUAAAGGAGUGCUUAUUCUUUCUUUCCUUUCCUUUCCUUCAAUGGAUCUGGUGUAUAUUUCCUUUCAGAGUAAGGCAAUAAAGUUAUCACUGGUUAAUGACUGGAGGCAUUGGCCCUGGAGACUCUUUGUACACUUAAUACAGUAAUAUUCUGAUGAGUAUGUAGUUACGUGACAAGAGAUAACUCCUGCAGUUCUUGUCUGUAUUGCAUUUCUAACAACCAUUUAUGGUUUAUAGAGCAUUUAGAGCAUUUACAGAAUAACAAAAUUGUACUGGGCAUAUAAAGUGCAAAAUCAGGAUAACGGUACUGCUCUGCUUCCCAGCAACAUAAAGAACCCCAAAAUAAAAUAAAGAUGUUUUAAAAUGCCCUUGCUUCGGCAGUAAUAUAUGACUUGUGAUCAGAUUUUAAAUGAAAGCAAUGGAUUAAACUGUGUAGCCAGCAUGGUUAGAGUGUUGGACUAGGACCUGGGGAACCAGUGUUCAAAUCCCUACUUAGCCAUGAAGCUCACUGAAUACCCUUGGGUCAGUAUUUUUCUCUCAGCCUAAC